UGUCAUUCGUCAAAGAGCAAGCUACAGAUAGUUUCGUGCUUGAAUAAUUUAUUUUCGUUUUCUUUCUUGGUAAUAUUGGGUUAAAGAUGUCAAAUAAUGGACGGAAACGCGCGGCGCCUGCGUCGGGUCGUCCCACGAAGAUCAGGAAGCCUCGCAAGCCAGUCUCGGAAGACGAGGACAGCAAUGACUCAGUGGUAUCUGAACAGCAGCAGGAGGCACCCCGGACGCCUUCCCCCCUCGGAGACGAGCCCACCAUUAAAUUACCAGAGGAGUUGCUGAAGACAUUUUACAAGACCCCUGGGGUUUUAAUGAUUGCCGGUCUCGUCUCCUGGGAUCUGGUGGCCAAACGCGAGAACAAUCCAGCCAAACGAACGCACCCCAACCUUUACACCUUUCAUAAGUUCACAGAUCGCAGAUACCGCCUCAUAGUAAGCGGAUGCUCUGCAGGUCACUCGGUGCUGGUUUCAGAAGAAGGGGAAGCUUAUACGUUCGGCCGCAACACCUGUGGACAGCUGGGCUUCGGAGACACCGUGACCAGGAACGUACCGGAACUUGUUCCAGCUCUGAAAGGGCUGAACAUCAUCCACGCGGCAGUCGGGAGGCACCAUACUCUUUUUGUCACAGACACCGGCACAGUGUAUGCAUGCGGUGACAACAAAAGCGGCCAAUGUGGCGUAGGCAACACCACCGCACAGAUUCUAAAGCCGACCCGCAUCCGUUACAGUGGCGCCCCCAUCGUGAAAGUGGGUUGCGGUGCGGAGUUCUCCAUGAUUCUGGACUGCAAUGGUGCACUCCACUCUUUUGGUCUGCCGGAGUAUGGACAACUGGGCCACAACACUGACGGCAAAUACUUUGUGACCUCGACGAAGCUGUCUUACCACUUCGAGCUGGUCCCUAAGCAUAUAGCUCUGUUUUUCGAGAAGUCCAAAGACGGCCACGUGGCCCCCGUGAAAGAUGUUGAUAUUGUGGAUUUCUCGUGCGGGAACAAUCAUACGGUCGCCAUAGAUUCGAAGAAGCGCGCUUACAGCUGGGGUUUCGGCGGUUUCGGCCGCCUCGGUCACGCCGAACAGAAGGACGAGUCUGUGCCUCGCCUCAUCAAGUACUUUGACUCUCAGUCUCGCGGUGUGCGCUCGGUGCAUUGCGGGGCAACUUACAGUCUCGCCGUCAACGAACUUGGAGCCCUUUUCAUGUUUGGUCAGACGAAGAGGACAGGGGAGGCGAACAUGUAUCCGAAACCAGUGCAAGACCUCACUGGCUGGAACAUACGCAGUGUGGGAACUAGUUACACGUCCAUUGUAAUAGCUGCAGACGACUCGCUGAUAGCCUGGGGUGUCUCGCCGACCUAUGGAGAACUGGGAACGGGUGAAAUUAACAAAUCCACCGCCCGCCCCAAAGAGGUGAGCCGUAUGGACGGCCUGAACAUAACCCAGGUGACCAUGGGUUUCUCACACACCCUGCUGCUCUGCGACGACUCCUCGGAGGAGGUUAAGCAGAAGCUGACCACAAUCCCCACCUUCAACCCUUAGAUCAGUAAGUUUUCAAAUGAUUCGUGUUUGAUUAUUAUCAUAGAAUAAUUUGUACCUCGUCAUAUAACGGAUCGUUUAUUUAAAUUAUACAUAUAUAUAUAUAUAUAUAUAUAAAAUUAUAUAUAAAACGUCUACUACCAACUUGCCGAUGCGAUGUCUCGCGACAAUCGAUUUGAUAUUGAUAGUGGGAUUUGAAAAUUGUAAUAAUGAUUGAAGAUAAAUGUUAAGGACGCAUUUUAAAAUUUGAUUUAGUUUAGUUUUAAACGAAACAAUAAAUUGUCACAAUGAUGAAAGAUCAAUGUGAACUUACGAUUAAAUACUUUUUUUUUCACGAAACGCUUAUUAUAUUAACGCAGAAUGUGACUACAGCACUCAAAAACGAACGGAAAAUGAAAGAGCCAAAUAGCUGAACGUGGCCAUUCAGUCUUUUCAAGACUGUUGGCUCUGUCUACCCCGCUAGGGACAUAGACGUGACCAUAUGUAUGUAUGUAAAUGAAACAGUAGUGCGUCAAUCGUAGAAUUCAGUAUAAAUAUAAGUGUGGUCAGUACUGGUGACUAGUCCACCUAAACAUUGUUUAAAAUCAGCUUUAAAACUAUGUACAUGAUAGUAACAUUUAUUUUGUGACACGACAUUCUCAUAGACCAAUUUGUAUGGUGUCACAUUUGUGUGUCAAUUCGGACACUAAUUUAUCAGUGUAUUAAUAUAAUUUUAUUUUUAAGCUAACAUAACGAUGUUAUGUUUAAGUUUUAGUUUAAUUUAAAAUAUUAGAUUUAGUUUUUUUUUUUUAUUUGUUAUACACUUUUGCAGAGUGAAUUAAGACUUCAAUCUGAAAAUGCUGUGAUUGUAAGAAAUUACAAUUUAUCAACGAAUGAGAUAGGCAGAGAAUAUGUGUCCCCAUACCUUUUAUUAUUCUCUAUAUUAUAUAUUUUUAAAAUAUAAAUACAUUUUUACAGAUAUGUAUGUAAAAUACUGGCCAGGGCGUGAUGUGAAAACAUACUUAUUCUGAUUAAUCUGUGUCUUGUAUGUUUAAUUGAUAUAUGUAUGUCUUUGUUAUAAAGUAUAUUCGGGUUUAGUAUCCCAUGACCAGAGAUCGGAUAUUCGGAUGCAUAUUUACCUAAAGUUGGGGUGUUGGGUUAGUAUGGAACGUACUUCUGUAAAAAAAUGACGCGAUAUAAUUCUGAAAUCUCCCGGUAGGUAGGUAAUUUUUUAAUAAUAUGAUCAUCCAUCACUUAUGUUUAUAAAGGUGUUUAUCAUACCUAAUAUACAAUAAGUUUCAAUUUCUUGUUUAAUAAAAUUUCCGGGAUUCAAAAUAAUUCGAAUCCCGUAAGCAAGAAGCCGCCUCCAUACUUUCUUAGCCAAAAUAUUAGUUUAGGUAAAUAUGCAUCCGAUUAUCCGAUCUCUACCCACGAAACAAGUCAGGCACUUACAUUGGGAGUAGCCCAAUCUGUGUAAUUUAUCUCGCAUAAAUUAUUAUUUAUUAACGGAGUGGAUCACGACAUGAACAAACGGACAAUGCAUUGACAAGACAUUGUUUUUUUACAUAAAAAUUAAUUAUACACGGUCUCAAACCAUAUUAAAAAGCUAUAAGAAUAACGCUCACUAAAGCAAGACUUGAACCAGUGAAAAACUAUAACAGGAUAAUGUAGAGUAGAUAAAUAUUACCAGAUUAAAGUAAAAAUUGAUUUAAACACGAAUCAAAAUAAAUGAUGCAAAAGACUGAUACUAAUAUCAUUAUUUUCGCCUCUAAACAGAACUGCAAUAUCAUGAGAAAAUUAAAAAUAAGCUUACUUUGCCUUACUGCUUAUAUGGCGUUCAUGUAUAUAAUCGGAUUUGAACUUUAUAAAAAAAACAAUAGUAUGACUGAGACUGUACAAGGCGAAAAAUAAUUUUAUGAUCAAUAGAAGCGGUAAUUUAAAUCAUUAAGACUCCAUUAUUUUAACGCAGGGUAGUUGUAUUAUUAUGCACAGUUUCAUUUUAUAGUGCAGGGUGUUCCUGAAACUAGAAUCUUUUCUUGGCUCAGCAUAGAUAAUAAAAUUAAAAAAAUAUUAUAAAAGACAUAACACUUUGAGAUGUUUGAAAAACCUGUGUGUCAUAAUGAUCAUUUUAAUUGUUCUUCUCAAUUUUUUUUUAUCUCAAUUUAAAUAUUUUGAAAGGUGACAUGCGCUUGCUUCAUUGGUUAUGUAGUAAAAAUGUAGGGCUUUUAAAAAAGACUAAUUUUAAAUGCGUGACUAAUAAUAAGUAUUUUAAUACAAUAAUAGUCACAAGAUGGAUUAGUAGCAACAAGUCAUAAACGCAAACUCGACAAAUUCGCAAUUCGUCAUUCUUACAACGCGUCAUUUUCGCAACCCAUCAUGCGAAACUAUGCUAUUGUAUUUCUCUCAUUUCUACAAACGCUAUAUUCCAUUAACGUUAUAAAUCGUGAUGACGAGUUGCGCACGCGUAACAUGUUGCUAAUCCAAUCUGCUAAGUAAUUUGAAAACCACAAAUUAUAUUUACAAAAGGGAAUGCUUAGAUGGUUUGGUCAUGUCAAUAGGAUGAUACUAUUUAGAUAAGAUUAUACAGUCUUGGCCAAAAGUCUUAGACACCUCAUAAAUUUACACAAUGCAUGUUUACUAUUGAAACAAUUAAUAAAAUACUUAUCUUUAAUGUAUUGUCAGGGUUAUAAAACGUUACCUGGCACAGUAGGCGGCAUAUUUUGUGGUCAUAAAAAACCCUGGUCACCAAAAACAAAAGAUUUCGGUUUCUUGUAAUCUCAUCAGUCAUUAUAUGACCAGUUGUGUUCUAGACUUCAACUAGUAAACAAGCUAUCAUUUCUGUUGAGCGACAAAUUGACAUCAUAUUAAUUCUUAAAUGCCCAAAAUAGUAAAAUUACUAUUGGAAAUCGAGUGAAAAUUGAACUUUUACACGAACAAGGGGGAUCCCAGAAAGAAAUCGCCAAGUUGGUGAAAUGUUCACGUUGCGCUGUACAGUCUGCCAUCAAACGGUUUACCGAGACCGGUACCCACGACGACAAACCACGAGCAGGCUGAAAACGUGUGACUACGGAACGCGAAGAUAGAAAAUUGAUUCGAGAGUCACUGAAAAAUAGGAAAAAAACUUCAUCCGAGCUUGCUGCUGCCUUGUCAGAUGAAAUCGGAGAGUCAAUUAGUUCGCGAACCGACAGAAGAAGACUCGGGGAAGCAGGCCUAAAAGGGUGCAAAGCCAGGAAGAAGCCUUGGCUGUCAGAAGUGCCUAGAAUGGGCUUUAUUGGCUUAUGACAUGCUUGGGCUAAUGUGGUGUAGUCUGAUGAAUCUCACUUUGAGAUGAGUCAAUUCUAGUAGUUUUUGUAUAAUUAAGAAAGUUUCCUUUUUAGUUCCACUCUAAUAUUUAUUUAUUAUUUAUUUAAUUAUUUUUAUUUAUUUAUUUACUUUUCAAAUUACAAAUUAUAAUUAAUUUCCUAAUUGGUAUAGUUUUUGUUGCUUGUGCCUAAGACAUUUGGCCAAGGCUGUAUGUGUCUGAUAUAACGAAUCUUUACUGAAAACUGGUGCGAAGCCAAUAUGUAAUCCGAGUAAUGGGCGUCAUUUGAGUGUGUAGUAUGUAUGAACUAGUUAAUCAGCAAAUUUACGAGUGCCGUGUGGUUUCCGGCACUUUUUAAAAGAAUAGGACCACUCCAUCUCUUUCCCGUGGAUGUCGUAAGAGGCGACUAAGGGAAUACAGGCACAUUCAUCUAGAGCAAGCUUCCAUUCUGGUCAGGUAGCGGAGACAAACGUUGUGUAUGCUAGCUAGGUUUUAUACAGCCAUAAACAUAUGAAACAGACAACUAGCAAUCGCUCGUUCUCUUUAAACUUAGUUUUUAAAAUCAAAUUUAUAAAUUCAAAAGUACUUUUGAAAAUGAAGGAUAUAAAUAUGGAAAAACAUGUGAACUUUUUUUUUAUUUUGUAACACCUGAUGUAACCAUGUUUUAUGUGAAUAAAAAAUAUAUUAUUAACAUAGAUAAAAUUGCACUCAUGUUAAUAAUGUCGUCGGCAAUAACUGCCCAAGUUCAGAAUAAACCAAGCAAGGUCACACCGACCACGGAAAACUAUUCAGGUUUCCAAAAAAGCAACAACUAUCUAGUUUAAAACAAAGCGAAAACUAGCCAGGUUCAAAUUCUUGUGCUCUCAAUGUGCAGUUGUUGUAAGAGUCACGCGGAAUAGUCACAAGUUUCCGCGUGACUCGAUGUAACCACAAGAUGGAUCUUACACAACUUAAUAAAGUAACGACUUUCGUAAAAAAACAUUUAAUAUCCAAUGAGUUAGCUGAAACACAUAGGCGAGUUUGGUCCAAUGUUUAAGGAAUUACUUCGUCGCGAUGGAUGAGAAUAGCAACUCUUUGUAAAACGCAAUCACGCCACGCAUGCGCAACUUCGCAUUGUCGCAUAUCGUCAUGUUCGCAGUUCGUCAUGAAUUAACGAGCUAUUACAUUUUUCUCAUUUAACAAUUUUUUUUUGUGGGCUAAAUUGGCCCACUGACAUUAUGAAUGUCACAUGUUGCGUCGCGUCUUGAUGUCCGAACCGGUGAAUAAAUUUGAAUGAAAAUUAGACUGUGAACAAUUUGGAAGGGAAACUGGGUCUGCAAUCAAAUCAUAUAAUAUUUUAUUCAUCAUUGGUCUUUUUGUCUUAUUUAACAAUAACACGCAUCGUUUUAUAUUUAUUUUAAUAAAACAGGACAUUACACCUCGCAUAAGACAAGACAAAAACACCAAUGACAGAUAAAAUAUUUUUGCAUUCGAAGACAUUUUCUCCUUGUGUGGCUAGAUUUCACACGAAUCUGUUCGUCGUUUUGUACUUCGACACGUGAUAAAAUCACACGUGUCAUUUCGAAUUUUAGUGAGCCAAUUGUAUCCCAUGAUGAAGAAAGUUGUGAAAUGAUAGAAAUAUAAUUGUUCAGUUUUGCAUGGCUAGUUGCGAAAAUGACCAAAUGCGAAAAUGACGAGUUGCUACUAAUCAUUCGCGAUUAGUCCAAUUUCGGGAUUGGUUUAAAAGGGGCCCUUAUUAAUUUUGAUCUUAAACUUGACUCGCUGAUGUUAUGGUCGCAAGAUAUCCUACCUAAUACUUUGUUCCCGAGCCGAAUACGAUAAAACCAAACCAAAUCUUCGGUUUUAGUAAGGUACGUUAGCUUAGCCACAACUUAAGCGAGCCGCUCGAGUUUAAGGCGUAAAUAAAUAAUGGCCGUUUUUGACCAAUCGCGACCCGGAUUGAUCGCGGUUGACCGAUGGCGGUGUUAAGAUCUAAUUGGACCAAAUGCGAUUUAUCAGCGUAUCAGAGCAACGUCAAAAAUCGUUACAUUACUAAUAUAAUAACACCAGAAGUCGCGGGUUCACAUUGUUGAGCCUGUCGUGUUUAUCUGCAGAAACGCUUUAACUCAAAUCUGUGUAAUCUGUCCCGUAUAUAUUUAUUUGCAAUACUUAAGAUAUUUAGUAGCGAGUCAAUACAGUCGUGUUUAUCUGCAGAAACGCUUUAACUCAGUCUGUGUAUUAUGUCCCGUAAAUAUUUAUUUACAAUACUAAAGUAAAGUUAUUUAGUAGCGAGUCAAGACGGGUCAACAUGAUUCGGCUCGUAUAACCGGAAGGUUGAGGUAGGGGUAGGAUACGUCCCACCCCCCCCAUUAUUGACCUAGGAAUGGCAUAUAAAAUUUCUACGACACCUAGAUUAAUAUAAUAUAUUUAUAAUUAAUCACAUUAUAUAUUAUAUAUAUGAUAUGUAUCAGCGUGAUAUGUGUGGUACACAUGUUCCUGGUACUUAUACACAGCUGACAAUACGUUCAGCUUAAUAGUUUGACAAUGAAUUUGAGAUUCAGAUAGUGGCAGGUUACUAGCCCAUCUCCUAAGCGGAGAAUGCCUAGUUCAUUAGCCUUUCCCAUGACAGAUUUUUUCAAACUACAAACGCACAUUACGUAUUUUCUCAGCUACAGAUAAGCAUGGAAGCCUGCACUCGGUGAAUAUAUUUUUAAUUUUCUUUUUAAAUUUCUAGACGAUUCUCCAAAAAGUUAAAACAGACUAGGAAUUAUUAGUUAGUUGUACUGAUUCCCUACUCGGUUUCGGGAAAAAAGCGGACUGUUUUAAAAGCUUAUUGCUGGUUUAUCGGAAAUCCGUGAGAAUAGAGGGACUCCUGUCGCCUCAAGUUGGGCGAGUGUUGCGUUUGCAGCCCGAAGGCGGACCUGCGCAUGCGCUCGUCCUGCGCCUCUCGCGACGUACGCGCAGUGACGAAAAUAUUUGAAAUCGAUGUUGAUCGAUUUCAAAUAAAUCCCACAUCUUUUCAAUCUGCCAUUUUGACAGACAACCAAAUGUUGCCAGUUAAAAUAUGCAAAAAUAUCACAAAAAUAUACUUUUUAAGAUUUCCACAUGAAUCUUUCUCAUAUGAACGAUACAUACAUUCAUUCAAUCUAAAUAUCUACGUAGCCGAGUUGAAAAUCACCGUUCCCACACGGCCAAAUUAUGUUUGUCAAAAGUCUCGUAUAAAAUCAAAAGUCUCAUAUAAAAAUUUACUUAUCAGUUCAUAUCGUAUCUGCAAUCUAAAAGUUCGCUCGCUCGCUCGCUCAAUAUAUUGAAGUUAAGCGCAAGUCACCACUAAUUUAGUAUAAGAAUUUGUAUGUACUGUAGUAGGUACCUCUAUAAUUACCUAACACGAAAUCUUAUGCCUUUGACCAUGUUUCCUGGAUAGGACGAGUCAGGUUUUUACACGAAGCGACUCCUAUCUGAACUUCGCAACCUUGGCAGGUAAACAUAACCCAUAUUGGAUCCAUGGUUACAAACAUCCAGUUGCCUGAAUGGCAGUUUUGCCUUGCGAUGUUUUCCCUCACCGUAAGAGGUAGAACCCGAAUUAACCCACCAAUGUAAAUCAUCCAAAAUUGUACUUUUUGUGUCACAGAUUUCUUCAAAGUCCAUUUGUGUACCUAGGUCAUAUCAUAUCGUUCGGGUGGAUUAUUUAAGUGAACUGAAUUCAUUUUGGAAUAGUUCACGACAUUGAUAUAUAUGAUAUAUAUAUAUAUAAUAAUUUUUUUUUUCUAUUUUGUAAUAAAUAUUUCAUUAUCCUAACGAGUGACUCGCUUGUAUGCUGAUGUCAUUUUCAAAAGAUCCCUUAACAGAUCUACCUAUAACUGAAUAUUUUUUACAUCUAUAUGUGUAGGUGGCUCGGGGACAGUUAUAGGUAGGUUUGUUAGGUCAUUAGGGCGUGCAUCCUCAGGAUUAUUUGUAACUUAUUAGUAUAUAAUAGUUUGUCGAAUUAAUGACUUUAAAAUUUAACUUUGUACGCCCAAAUGAUAUAUAUCGCCUAGUUGCACAAAGUGUUAUAAAGUUGAAGAACAUUUUUAAUUAAAAGUUUAUUAAUACUACCGUACAUAGACUACAGAAGAAUGGAUAGUUUUGCUAAACAUAUCUGGUAGGAAAUGUGAAAAAAUAAAUUAUUAUUUUAGAGAGAAUUUUUGUGAGGUCAAAUAUCGGGUGUAAUUUAAAAAAAAAACAAGAAUUUAAGAUUGAGUUAGUGCAAGUAAGAAAAGCAUUGUUAAGGAGAAACGGAGGAUUAAGAAAUUCCAAGGGCCAAAAUCGACUGAUAAAUGUAAAUGUGAUACCAACCCAGCGGUGUAUGUUUGAAGAACGUUCAAUGUGAAAAUUUAAAAAUCGUGUACAAAAAAGUGUUUUUAUUUUGUGUAUGUAUAAUAUGAAAUCGGUUAAUUUACACACCGUACAUUGUCGUGUACAAAUUAAGACGAUACCUUAAUAUGUUUUCAAUCAUUUAUUCCCUUAAACCGAUUAAAUGGGAAUUAUGUGAAAUCUUAAUUUAGCUUUGUUGGUGCUGAGCCCCUCAUAACAAUUUAAGUAAAGAGGUAGUUGAGAUUUAGUUAAGGAUAAACUUUUUUACAAGUACGUUUGUUGUAUUUUUUAAAUGAUACAUUAAAUUAUUACACUCUGUUUAAGCGAGGUGAGCUUAGCAACUUUAAAACGUUAUAGAUUAAUUAGUAAUGUAAUUAAUUAUUAUGAUAUAAGUACUUAAUUAUGUCGUAAAAUUAAUCUAAAUCGUCCUUAUCGUACCUUAGCGUGGUUCGAUGUAUUAGUAUACGAUUUUAGCAAAUAGAUUUUUUUUUAUAGAUAAAUACAUUACUUUUAGUUUUCCAUUAUAAUAAUUACAAAUGCAUGUGUAAUUUUAAUUAUAUGGUUAAUCAUUAUGUAUAAGUUUGUGUACUUAGUGUAAUUUAAGUUAGUUCAAUUAUUCAUGAUUAUUUUAAGGACACGCUAUGCUAGUUUAGAUAAUGUUAAAUUUAUUACGAAAAAUGAAUGGUUUUUCUUAUUAUGUAAAACCUAGUGGUGUAUUUUUAAUAAAAUUUAAACGAUUUUAAUUCUUAUUGUGGCCAUCAAUGAGGAGCCCAGAAUUGUGUACAAAAUGCUUUUUAUUUUCUUAACGUUUAAUUUACUUCAUAUUUUUUCCAAUUGUUUCCAGUCGUCUACCAUUGAAACUGAAUCUUUAGUAAUAAUGUAAAAUGUUUAGCUUUUUUGGUGCUGAGCUCAAUAUUUUGGGCACAGAGCAAAGAGCGCUCGGCCAGUGCGGCGUUCCGGCCUCUGUGGUGGAAAAGUAACAGGGUGUAAUAAUUUUAGUUAAGUCUUAGUUAAUGAUAACAUUUUAUCACUAUUUUUUAUCUCUCUCGCUUGCUUUUUUUAAAUAUUAAACUGUAUCACACUGUUCAAGCGAGCAUAUAUAUGUAAUUUAGACUUCAGUAAUUAGUAAUCUAAUUAGUUAUUAUGAUAAAGAUACUAAUUUGGCUAAGUUGGUGCGAUGUAUUUCUAUACAAUUUUAGCAAAUAGUUUUUUUUUAUAGAUAUAUACAUUUCAUUUCCCAUUGUAAUAAUUACAAAUGCAUGUGUUACGUUAAUUAUUUAAUCAUGUCCGCUUGCUGACUGCGAUAUGGUAAAUCAUCAUGUAUAAUUUUAUGGACUUAGUAUUUUUUAAGUUGAUCAAUUAUUCAUUUGGCAACUUUGAGAUGCGAUGCUAGUUUACAUAAUACUAAAUUUAUUACGCAAACUGAAAGGUUAUUAUUAUGUGAACUGUAAUCGAGAAUAUUAUUACCCGUUUUUAUAUUUCUGCUCUUCUUCCACCUGCUUUUAGUCCUGGUUGCAUCCUCACCACUCUGGAAAAAGAGCCCUCACCGUAAGAAAUAUUAAAAAAAGUACCAAAAGAGUAUUCAAACGCUCUUGUUAUAUUUCUCAAUAAACCCCAUUAUUUUUAAGUUGAAAAGGAAUAUAAUGGCAGUUUUAUAUUCCGACCAAACAUUUUUUUUUAAUGAAAAAAAAAUUUUUUUAUAAUGCUGACCAGUACCAAUUUUAUUUUUAAUUAAAAAAGAAUAUAUACAUAUUCUAUUUAAUAUUUUGAACUAUCAAAAGAUGACAUCGACGAUAGUGAAUUGGCCUGUUGAACCUCAACACGUGUCUCGAUUGUUGCCAAUGGGUAAAUAGCUUUAGUUAAUACGCUUAUAAUACAUAAUUUACAUUGGCUUAAACAUGUAUGUACUUGGAAAUGUAGCCCACCAAAAUGAUAUCAUCAAUGUGUAUAUCAAUUGGCGGCAUCGUGUAAUGAUGAAAUUUGAAAUUCACUUUCAGUUGUGAUGAUGGGCCGAAAUUUCGCAAUCGUACCUAAAUUUUUUUGAAGAAUCUUUAGUUUUUCUUUUUCUCGCUUUGUAAGAAUAUGUCUUUGGGCCAGAUCCUUAAAUGAAAGUGAAUUAUUCAGCUAGAUUUAAGUAUACAUUCCCUGCGGUGGCUUCGUCUGACUGAUAACGAUUCCACGUCCAGCCACCUAGUAUGUAAGUGUAGCAAGUAUCAGAGGACUCCAAUCUCUUCGGCUAAAAGGGACACUGAUAAUGUCAUAAUAAAAAUGAUCCCUGCCAACGACU